AUGGAAGCAGCUGCUCAGAUUGCUGCGUUCAUUUGUAGUGACUGGACGGGCGUCAGUCAAGUUCAGCAGUCAAAGUUGUUUAAUUGUGUUGCACCUCUGCACGUUGCUGUUGUGAAUGCUGUGCUAUCAGGAAUUGGCGAGGUUGCACCUGAUGAGGUAGGUGACGGCCUUACCUCGUCAGCUGUUGCUGCCACUGAGGCCUCGCGACAUGACGGGGUACGGGGUGGCGGGGAGGGCGAAGCGUCUAACGGGACGUGA